AGGUGAACAGAAGCAUACAAAAAUUGGAAAGGCUAUAACAGUCAUUUGGCUGAACGGCACAGCAGCCCACGUAUGACAUAAUUGAUCAUACUCCAAUGCCAUGUGUGUCUCCUCCAGUAAUAUAUAUAUCACCAAACAGCGUUUCAGGUAGGUGAAAGUAGAGUACUAAACAAAUUUCUUUUUAAAAAAUAGUGGGAAGGAUUAAACUGUAAUUUCCGGAUGUUCUGGCGGGAAUCCCAUCGGCCCUCGAAUCUCUCCGUUCACUGUAGCAUUCAACCUUCAAAAAGACUAAAAAACAGAGGCUAUCUCGGUGCCAUGAUUGUUUGUUUGUUAAUUGAAUAAGCAAAGCAUGCCAAUUGCUGUCUUUCCUAAGCUUUUCUACUUCAAAGCAUGGCAACACGACUCCGCCGCCUCACUACCAGAAGAUCACCACCUAAGCUUCUUUUUUUCGCCCUCUUGAUGCUUGCGCCAGUUUGCGUGAUUGGCAUAUAUAACUAUGGCCAGAAGAUAUCCUACUUUUUUCGGCCGCUCUGGGACAAGCCCCCUCUGCCAUUCAGACGCCUACCUCACUAUUAUGCUGAAAAUGUUUCAGUGGAACACCUUUGUCGCCUCCAUAAUUGGUCCAUACGUUCACAACCACGCCGUAUCUUCGACAACAUCAUCUUCAGCAAUGAACUAGACUUGCUUGAGAUCAGGUGGCACGAGCUUAACCCCUAUGUUUCGAAAUUUGUAAUCAUGGAGUCAAACACCACUUUCACCGGCAUCCGCAAACCUCUAUUCUUUGCAUCAAACCGUGCCAGGUUUGCCUUUGCCGAGGAGAAGAUCGUCUACGGUGUAUUCCCUGGCAGAAUUGCAUCCCCUGGUUCGCUCAAAGAUCCAUUCGUUCUCGAAUCACUCCAACGUGGUGCUAUGAACGGAUUGCUUCACAGUGCCGGGAUAUCUAACGGAGACCUUGUAAUAAUGUCGGACACAGAUGAGGUCCCAAGCCCCCACACACUGAAACUACUACAAUGGUGUGAUGGAGUACCACCUAUAUUGCACCUUGAGUUGAAGCAUUACAUGUAUUCGUUCGAGUUCCCGGUGGAUUACAGCAGUUGGCGAGCCACGGUUCAGAUCUACACCCCACAGACUCGGUACCGGCACUCACGGCAAUCGGAUGUAAUAUUUUCGGAUGCAGGAUGGCAUUGCAGCUUUUGCUUCCGUAGCCUGGAAGAAUUCACGUUGAAGAUGACUGGUUAUAGCCAUGCAGACAGAGUAAAGAGGAAAGCGUUUCUAAACUACUCUAGAAUACAGAGAAUCAUAUGCAGGGGAGAUGAUCUGUUCGAUAUGCUCCCAGAAGAGUAUUCCUUCAAGGAGAUGAUUAAAAAGAUGGGUUCCAUUGCCCGUUCAGAUUCAGCAGUUCAUCUUCCUUCAUAUUUAAUACAAAAUGCAGAUAGGUUUAGGUUUCUUCUCCCCGGGGGAUGUAAAAGAAACAUGGUGCAGCUAAAGUAGGUUCUUUUUUGUCUUCGGAAAUUUCAACUAGGAAAAUUAGGCUGGGCUUGGAUUCUCUUAAAAUUUCAUGAUAAAUAGUAUAGUGAUGGGUUUUAGGCCUUUUAAGGGUUUCCAUUAUCUGAGCUAAAUUUUCAUUCUCAAAUCUGAAUUUUCAAAGGCCUCAGCAGGCUAUAUAAUUACUGCUCCUUGCCUUGCUUGGCUUGGCAUCCAUGAACACGUAGCUUUAGGCUAUAUUUUAGAUUCAGCGUCUAAGAUUAGUAUUUAUCUACAGACUCUUAAAUAAUUUAAGCUUUAUAUACCUUUAUUCCUUUAGAUUUAUAAUAAUUAUCUUCGUAA